CUUCCAAAAAGCUUGACAGGCACUAGCAUCCAUAUCGGGAAAAGGAAGUACAUAGCAUCUUUACGCUCAGCCACUCUCUCUCUUCAAUCCAAUCUCUUGAUGCAUUCGUAGGAUGAACGAUGAGACGGGAAAGGAUGAUAAUAGAGCAGCAUCAUCAUCGGCAGGUCCGAUGUUGUUCAAAAAGCGGAAUAAAGUACGAGGAACGUUGACAUCCACAUCUUCUAGUGCUGGUCAAAGUCGCAAGCCAAUUUCACAGGAUGAUAAGGAGGAAGAUGAUAUUAUUGGCUCUUCUGCGGGUCAAUCCGUUCUUAGGACUGCCGGUCUAAGAGGAAGGAGAGCGAAUCAGCCUAUGGGAACUUCAGCUGGAACAAGGAACAUUGGAAAGAGUCUAAAGCCUCAAUUAGGAGAGGAAGAGGAAGAUUCGAGUAACAUACCAUUCAUCACAACUAGAAAAAGUGAUUUCGCACAAUCCGUCACAUUGCCAAGCUCUUUAGCCCAGGCAUCCAUAGGAGAUGAUCAGCAGAUCGAUUCAGUCUAUAGUCCAGCCUCAUUAGCGGCUCUCAAAGCAGCUACACCCAACCGAAGGAAGAUUACUGACGAGGACAGUGGAGAAGAUGGACACCUUCAAGCUGCACAUGAAAUCAUGCACGAUUCAAAUGCGAAUGAAAGUAUGGUCAGACAAAAGUACAGUGCUGAUUUUGCACAUGAGGGUAUUCCAAGUGAAGCAGUGAUCAAUGCAGCAAAAGAGAAAAGACGCCGAGCCAUGGAAGCAACUUCCAAUUCAGAAGACUUUAUAUCUAUAAACGAGGAUGACGAUGGCCCUCAUCCAGAGUCUAGAAUUGUAAGGGAGGAGGAUGAAUUAGGAUCAGGUGAAGAGGAGUUUGCAGAAUUCACUGGGGCUACAGAGAGGAUUGCAUUGGACGAAGAAGGUAUCCAAAGAGAGAAAGCACUAGAGAGAGAAAGACGGAAAGAGGAAAUCGAGCAAGACAAUGACGAAGAGAUGAGUGAUGAUAGUGGAAAAGAAUGGGAAGAAGCACAAAUGCAAAGGGAGAUGGCAAACAUUUCAAGAAGAGAGCGUACGGGAGAUCGAGAAAGAUCACCUUUUCGACCUGCCCCAAUCCCACAAGCUUCAACAUUGCCCACGCUUACUUCAACAUCUGUUCGAUUACAGGAAAAGAUUGCAGGCCUACAGGAAGAGAUGAAGAACCAAGACGCUCUCCAAGACCAUACCAAUGCUCAGCUUGCUCAACUCAAAUCUGACGAAGAACGCAAUAAAGCUGAUACAGAGACGGCUGCUGAACGGGAAGCUUGGUUUCGUGAAUUUGAAGGUUUUAUCGUCAGUAUGGCUACAUUCUUGGAGGAAAAGGUGCCUAAAUUGGAGGAUGUUGAAACGGACUGGAUAGGACAUCUUGUCUUACGUACAAAGAUGAUUCAACAAGCAAGAGCAGAUGCAUUGACAGAUCAGAUAUCCUUGUUUUACGGCGUGCCUUCGAUUUCUCUUUUACCAAAGCAAGGCCAAGACAGUGAUGAAGACGCUCCUCGACCUCCGAUUGAAAAUGGGGAUGCAUUGAGUCAGAUUCGACAAGCUCGUCGUACAUAUGCGGAAACUGCUCUAGGCGAUGAAUUGUCUUCUGCCGAUCAAGCAGCAUUUCAGAUUGCACAACACAAUAUCAUUCGACGGGCAAAUGGUUUAUUGGAUGAUGUUCAAGCGGCAGAGUAUAGAGAGCCUGCAGCACGAACGAUGAAAGAAGAUGAAAAUGGUCAACAUUCCGUCCUUCAUCCUGCAUCUUUGGUAGCGCGAUUUCAUAGAUGGAGACGAACGUAUCCUCAAGAUUACUCCAAUGCGUGGGGUGGCUUAACUUUGGCUUCGAUUUGGGAUUUUUGGUUGAGGAAAAGUUUGUGCGGUUGGGAUAUGCUUAGACUGAAGGAUCAGCGCGAGAAUAGCUUUGAUCAAUUCAAGUGGUAUGCAGAACUUCUACAUUACUCACACAAAGCACAACAUCAAAUCUCGAAACACGAUCAAGAUGGAGAAAAGAUGGACGAGGAUGAAGAAGGCACGCCAGCAUUAGGCGGAGAUGAUGAGAAUAUUUCACAUGCGUUCACCAAUACAGUCAUCCCAGCGCUUGUUCGUGUGGUGGAAAAGGGUGCAUUCGAUCCAUGGAAUCGAAUUCACAACACAAGUGCGCUUGAAUUGAUGGAACAAAUGAGUUAUGUGAUGGAAAAAGAUAAUGUUCGAUUUCAAUCUUUGAUAACGUCUUUUUUACGUCAAUUUCAAAUCCAUAUAAACGCUUUAGUCAAUGCUUUGACUCUAGCUCCAGCAAUGCAAGCGCCUGCAAUGGCUCCUGAUGCACCAAAUGCGCUCUUUCAAUGCGUACAGUAUAUCUCAACUACCAUCACGCAAAACUUGAUCGGUUGGCAUCGAUUCGUUUUGGCUUCUCAGCGUCCUUUCCUACAAGAGUUGGCGAACGAAUUGAUCGGAAAGGUAAUCCUACCUCUGCUCGAUAUGGCCAAGCAUAUCGUGGACGGGAAAGAUAUGGUGCAACAAAUCGCACAAGAUCUACUUCGUAGAACUGCCCGACCUGCCCUUCUCAACGAUGAUGUUCGUGGCGAACUGGACAGAAUUCAAACUUUGUGAUACUUCCAUGUAUUUUAAUCAUACACUCAAUGUACAAUAUUCUUCACACACACUUCAGG